AUGGGAAAAAAGUCUGCCAAUAAUAAGAAGAACAACAAGAAACAAGUCGAGGAGGUUGUUUCUGAUGACGAAAAUGUCACCCAAAAGUUUGAGAAGAUGAGAAUCAACCAAUUCACUGCUACUGGAUCGUUAUCAUCAAAAGAAUCAUCAAGAGAUAUUAAAAUCGAACAAGUAACUUUAACUUUCCACGGUAAAGAAUUACUUAGUGAUACUACAGUAGAAAUUAAUUUUGGUCGUCGUUAUGGUUUGAUCGGUUCUAAUGGAUGUGGUAAAUCGAUUUUCCUCCAGUGUCUUUCGAUCCGUGAGUUACCAAUUCCAGAGCACAUCGAUAUCUUCUACUUGUCAGAGGAAGCUUAUCCAACCGAGAGAACCGCACUCCAAACUGUCAUUGACGAUGCCGAGAAGGAGGUGAAGCGUCUCGAAGCCUUGGAAGAGCGUCUCUUGAUCGAGGAGGGUCCAGAGAGCGAAGAGCUCAUGGACGUCUACGAGAGAAUGGAGCGUCUCGACCCAGACACCUUUGUUGCACGUGCCUCUGAGAUCUUGAUCGGUCUCGGUUUCACAAAGACCACAAUGCACAAGAUGACCAAGGACUUGUCCGGAGGUUGGCGUAUGAGAGUAUCACUCGCCAAGGCACUCUUUAUCAAGCCAACCCUGUUGUUGCUCGACGAGCCAACUAACCAUUUGGAUCUCGGUGCCUGUGUAUGGCUCGAGGACUACCUCUCCAAGUACGAUCGUUCACUCAUUGUCAUCUCUCACUCACAGGACUUUUUGAAUUCCGUUUGCACCAACAUCAUCCACAUGAAACAAUCGAAACUCCAAUACUACGGUGGUAACUACGACACCUUCAUCAAGACAAAGGCCGAGCUGGAGGUCAACCAGAUGAAGGCAUACCACAAGCAACAAGAGGAAAUCGCACACAUCAAAUCUUUCAUUGCCAGUUGCGGUACCUACGCAAAUCUCGUCAGACAGGGUAAGAGUAAGCAAAAGAUCAUCGACAAGAUGGAGGAAGCCGGUCUCGUAGAGAAGGUCGUCGAGGAGAAGAAGUUCAAUUUUAGAUUCCCACCAUGCCCAGAGUUGGCACCACCCAUUCUCCAGUUUAACAAUGUCACUUUUUCAUACUCUGGUAAGGAGGCCGAUGUUUUAUACCGUGAUUUGGAUCUCUCUGUAGAUCUCGACUCUAGAAUUGCCUUGGUCGGUCCAAACGGUACCGGUAAGUCGACACUCUUAAAGUUGAUGUGUCAACAGAUCCACCCAACCAAGGGUGAGGUUCGUAAGCACGGUCAUCUCAAGAUCGCUCGUUACCAUCAGCAUGCCGCCGAAGCUUUGGAUCUCACAAUGACUCCACUCGAUUUUAUCAAGAAAUCCUUCCCACAAUACGAGAAGGACACUGAAGAGUGGAGACGUGAGAUCGGUCGUUUCGGUGUCACCGGUAAGUCACAGACCGAAGCAAUCGGUUGCAUGAGUGACGGUGUCAAGAGUCGUCUCAUCUUUUGUAUGAUGGCUUUGGAGAACCCACAUUUGCUAUUGUUGGACGAGCCAACUAACCAUUUGGAUAUGGAGUGUAUCGACGCUCUUGCCGAAGCCAUCAACGAAUUCCCAGGUGGUAUGGUACUUGUAAGUCACGAUUUUAGAUUGAUUUCCCAAGUCGCUCAGUCUAUUUGGGUUUGCGAUAACAAGACUAUUGCUCCAUGGAAGGGUGACAUCACAAGUUAUAAGAACACUUUGAAGAGCCAAAUCAAAUUCACAUAA